CUAAACUGAGCAGCUGAGAACAAGCAUCACUGACGAGCUCAAGUCUUUUAGUUGCAACAGAUUUUUUGAGAGACUGAAAAUUACAUAAGAUUUUCAAUUUUCAUUCAUGCCAGCCCAUGGAUGAAUAUUUGAAUAUUCAGCUAAAAACUUUACAGCAUGGAAUUAAAUAUGUCAGCAAACAUGAUAUGGAUCUCUACACUGAAGAGUGAAAUUGAAAAGAGCCCUGUUGCCUCAAAUAUGGUUUUUGGUUUCAUCCUUGCUUGCUUGGAGAAGUUACUGGAGAUGGAGUUUGCAUGUCCUUGUGAGUCCAAACAGAAUGUUCGACUUGUGGUUUUAUUUUUCAUUGGUCCUGCUCUACUGGCCUUUGUGCUGAUGAUAAAAAUCCAGGGAUGUGAGAGUAAGAAGUCUUGGAAAGAGCGGAUAGGACUUCUGGCUUCCAGCUGUGUUUCCUCCGUAGUGUGGAUCCUCCUGAUGCUUUUUGAUGGCCAGUACGUUGCCUGUGCAUUUUCAUCGCAGUCAGGGAGGUUUGUAGUUAUUGACAAUGCUUCUCGACAGAAAUUGUGCAAAGCAGACAACCACAACGCAUCGCAGGAGUUAAUCAACACCCAGAAAUGGUAUUCUGGGUCUCAGGAAGCUGGAAUGUGGCUUCUCUUAUUGGCCGCUGUAAUAGGAUUAUGUUUAAUGUUAAACAAGUGCUGCAAAAAGGAAGAGCAAGGGCAACCUAACAGCGGAGAGAAUAGGACGGAUGUCACAAGUGUGUAAAAAGCCCUGAGCAGCAGGUCCCCAGUUCAACUCCUGGCUGACUACAUGUCACUCACCUACACACUCUCUCUCUCUCUCUCUCUCUCUCUCUCUCUCUCUGUAUUUCCAGUCUGUCUCUACAGUCGCUGUCAGAUAAAGGCAAUAAAAAUCCCCAAAAAAUAACUUAAAAAACACUCAAGUCGAGCAACGUCAAGAUCCAGAAGCUUCUGUGUCGACAAUUAAAGGACUGAGGUCAUGUUGUGAUCAAGAUCCCUGCUUUUGGUUAUCAUCCCAUGUAGAGAAAUUAAAUAAUAACACUGAGAGAAGAAAAUAGACACAAUUUCAAAAAUGGACAAGGCUGAAGGCUUUGAUGUGAUCAUACCAUUAUUAGUACAUAAAUAAUUCAUUUAAAGUGGAUAUUGUGGAUAAAGCUAAAGAAUUGUGUCAGCCAUCUGCUCCCCAAGCCUGUCUAAUUCCAGCUACUUCAUAAUGACUGCAUAAUGUGAAUAACUUGGGAGUGGAGAUUGAUACUUGCAAACAUUGUGUAAAUAAGCGAGUUGAAGAGGGCACAUCACAUGAGAUGCUGCAUUUUGAGCUUUCUAGGAUUCACAAUGAAGUUCAGCUCUUUAAAUGCUUUUCAAAGCUUCUUUCACAACAAACUACAUUCCUACUCAAGACAAGAACUAUAAAGAGAGAAUUGUAACAGUGAUGCUUAAUGGAUCUGUCUCAUUUUGUAAACUAAUUAACUCCUGUAACCAGUUUCAGUACAUGUUUUUUGUGGCAUUGUUUU